AUGUUUUUGUUAUUUAUUAAUUUAAUCAUUUAUUCAUUAUUUAUCAUUUCUUUUGAAGCAGAUGUAGCAGUAUUUUAUACAAAACAAGAUGAAAAUAAUUUAGUUCUUCAUUAUAUUAGAGAAAAUUAUGUAGCAAGUUUUAAAGUUGUUGUAGAAAGAGAAAAUUAUUGUCCUAAUUUUGAAGAUAUUACAAUUAUUAAUAACAAUGUAUGUACACUUCCAAUAGUUUUUUAUCCAUUUUUAAAUAAAACAAAUGUUGGUAAAAAUAACUGUUUUUUGAAAGAACAAUUUAAAAAAAACAAUAUUAACAAUACUUAUUUAGAUAAUUUAAUGGAAAUAAAACAUUCUAAAGAUAUAUGGAUAAUAUCAGCAACAAAGAAAGAUAAAAAAUUUACAAGUAUUAUUAUUAAAUCUUCUCCUAACUUUCAUUAUAAUAUUCAAACAGCUGUCAAAAAUGUAAUGAAUUUUAUAGAAGAGGAACAUUUUCAUGAAUGUAAAACAAAAAAGAAGGUUAAAAGAUUUGCUUUUAUAACACAAAUAUCUAGUGAUUUUGUUGUGAUAUCACGACAAUAUUUUAUUUGCGUUAUGAUACUUCUUCUGUUAAGCUUAUCAAUUGGAAUGUUUCUUUUAAUUAAACAUUUUGUAACUGGAACAAAUAAAUUAAAAAAUGAAUCUGUAGUUUAA